UCCAACAGUAAAAAGCCCCCGAGGAAUGUAGAGUGCAGUUAGGGCGGGGAAGUAGAGGAUCUCAACUUAAACCCUUCCUGUGGAGUUGUGAAGGCUACACAGAAGACGCCUUUGCAGCUGGCCUGUUACACACCCGCAAGAAGAGAAACACAGAGAGAGAGAUGGACAAAAUGAAGAUAGAGGAGGUACAAUCCACUGCAAAGAAGCAGAGAAUCGCCACUCAUACUCAUAUCAAAGGCCUUGGCCUAGAGCCCAGUGGAAAGGCAAUACCAUUGGGUGCUGGUUUCGUGGGUCAGAUGGAGGCAAGAGAAGCAGCUGGUCUUGUAGUUGACAUGAUAAGGCAGAAGAAGAUGGCUGGCCGUGCUCUCCUACUGGCUGGUCCUCCAGGUACUGGCAAGACAGCUUUGGCACUUGGAAUAUCCCAGGAGCUUGGGAGCAAGGUUCCAUUCUGUCCAAUGGUUGGAUCAGAAGUUUAUUCAUCUGAAGUGAAGAAAACUGAAGUUUUAAUGGAAAAUUUCCGAAGGGCAAUUGGUUUACGUAUCAAGGAAAAUAAAGAAGUCUAUGAAGGAGAGGUGACUGAACUUUCGCCAGAAGAAACUGAAAGUGUUACAGGUGGUUAUGGUAAAAGCAUUAGUCAUGUAAUUAUUGGCUUGAAAACUGUCAAAGGAACCAAGCAACUAAAGUUGGAUCCAACUAUCUAUGAUGCCUUAAUCAAAGAGAAGGUAGCUGUUGGAGAUGUUAUAUACAUUGAAGCAAAUAGCGGAGCAGUCAAAAGAGUAGGUAGAAGUGACGCUUUUGCUACAGAGUUUGACCUUGAAGCAGAAGAAUAUGUUCCACUUCCUAAGGGAGAAGUUCACAAAAAGAAGGAGAUAGUUCAGGAUGUUACUCUACAUGACCUAGAUGCUGCAAAUGCAAGACCUCAAGGUGGGCAAGAUAUUUUGUCAUUAAUGGGUCAAAUGAUGAAGCCCCGAAAAACAGAAAUCACUGACAAGCUGCGACAAGAAAUAAAUAAGGUUGUUAAUCGGUAUAUUGAUGAAGGUGUUGCAGAGCUUGUCCCUGGUGUUUUAUUCAUUGAUGAGGUACAUAUGCUGGAUAUGGAGUGCUUUUCAUAUUUGAAUCGUGCUUUGGAGAGCUCACUGUCUCCGAUAGUAAUAUUUGCUACAAAUAGAGGAAUAUGUAACGUAAGAGGAACAGAUAUGACUAGUCCUCAUGGCAUACCUGUUGACUUGUUGGACCGGUUGGUGAUUAUCCGAACACAAAUUUAUGGUCCUGCUGAAAUGAUACAGAUUUUAGCAAUUCGUGCACAAGUGGAGGAAUUGAUUGUAGAUGAAGAAAGUUUGGCAUUUCUAGGAGAGAUUGGUCAACGUUCUUCCUUAAGACAUGCAGUUCAGCUGUUAUCGCCUGCCAGCAUUGUGGCAAAAAUGAACGGGCGUGACAACAUUUGCAAGGCUGACCUUGAGGAAGUGAGUGCAUUGUAUCUGGAUGCCAAAUCUUCGGCGAAGCUACUUCAAGAGCAGCAGGAAAAGUACAUCUCAUGAUAGUCUCGACCGAUUUUUCUGGGAGUGCCUCGUUGUUUAAGUAGCAAUUUUGAGUUUGGCUGGGGUUGAUCAAUUGCAUUGUAUUGGUUUGUGAAUUGACAGAGGCAGUUUAGAGGCAAAUGAGCUACACUGUAAACAGUUCUAGAGGUGGAUAUGAAUAUUAAACUUGUUCUGUGCCAUAAAUCUUUUACUAUUACAAAACUUAAUUUGAGGAGUUUCUACGGUUACAUUUCCGA